AAUACCACCGCAAUGGCACUCAACAAGCUCAGCAUUGAUAAGGUGGAGUUGGCGGACAAGAGGGUGCUUAUACGGGUUGAUUUCAAUGUGCCACUGAAGGAGGGUAAGAUAACAAAUAAUCAGAGAAUAGUCGCUGCGCUGGACACAGUGAAAUAUGCUAUUGAUAAAAAGGUCAAGUCAAUCGUGUUAAUGUCCCAUCUGGGCCGACCAGACGGUAAGAGGGACGAGAAGUAUACAUUGAAACCUGUGGCUGAGGAAUUGAAAACUCUGUUAAGAAGAGAGAUUCUGUUUUUAAAUGACUGUGUCGGACCAGAAGUAGAAACUGCUUGCGCCAAUCCAGCACCUGGUACUAUUAUUUUGUUGGAAAAUCUGAGAUUUCACGUCGAGGAGGAGGGAAAAGGAGUAGGUCCCGAUGGAAAUAAGAUUAAAGCUGACAAAGAUAAAGUUACUGAGUUUAGAGCAUCUUUGAGAAAACUAGGAGAUGUGUAUAUAAACGAUGCCUUUGGAACUGCUCAUCGUGCUCAUAGUUCUAUGAUGGGAGAUGGAUUUGACAUAAGAGCAAGUGGUUUUCUGUUGAAGAAGGAACUCGCAUACUUUGCGAAAGCUCUGGAUAAUCCAGAAAGACCGUUUUUAGCUAUACUUGGAGGGGCUAAAAUUGCUGAUAAGAUUCAAUUAAUUAAUAAUCUUCUGGACAAAGUGAACGAAAUGAUUAUUGGAGGUGGUAUGGCCUAUACAUUCUUAAAAGUAUCCAAAGAUAUGAAGAUUGGGAACUCAUUGUUUGACGAAGAAGGAGCAAAAAUUGUGAACGAUCUAUUAGAUAAAGCAAAAAAGAAUAAUGUCCAAAUUCAUUUGCCGGUGGAUUUUGUGACCGCCGAUAAAUUUGCAGAGAAUGCGACAGUAGGAGAUGCGAAUGUUGAGAGUGGUAUACCCGAUGGAUGGAUGGGUCUUGAUAUUGGUCCAAAGUCAAGAAAUUUGUUCGCAGAACCAAUUAAGAGAGCAAAGGUGAUAGUAUGGAAUGGUCCAGCGGGAGUGUUUGAGUUUGAGAACUUCAGUAAGGGUACGAAAAGUUUAAUGGACAAUGUCGUUAAAGCCACAACUCAGGGAACGAUUACUAUUAUCGGUGGAGGUGACACGGCAACGUGUGCAGCUAAGUGGAAAACGGAGGAUAAAGUGAGCCAUGUGAGCACCGGUGGUGGUGCAAGUUUAGAACUUCUGGAGGGUAAAGUUUUGCCUGGAGUUGCCGCUCUCUCUUCAUCGUAAAUCUGUCUUCGAAAUAUUAAUGUGAAAUAAAAUAAUGACCAAUCGUUCUGUGACGUAACAUUCAUCAGUUCUAUAGAAAUUUAACGAGUAGCGUUCGGAUGUUGGGGUCAUGAUUUCUUCCACCAUGAUCGGAGUGACCGAGAUUUUAGUCGAUUUUGGCGUUAGUGAGAUUAAUGUAAAACAAAGACAUAUCUAUUUUUUAUUUUUAACUUAUCAAUGUAAUCAUGUUGCUUUGUUUUUCUAACAUUCUUUUACAAGAAAUAUUGAAGUUAUACGUUGGCAUACUCUUAGAUCUCUAUGAUACAAUUGUAUUGCUGUACAGUUUAGUACAUAACGCAUCAGAUGUGUAUAUUAUGUGCGAAAAUAUAAUAUACUAAGACAAUAUGUAUCUUCUAGCUAUCUCAUUAACUAUUAAGUAAAUAAUUGUAAGGAGAGACAGUUGCCGUUAUACUAAUAAUGUAAUCGUCCCUGCACGGUAAAAAGUUCGCUCAUAGUUUGAACACAAACUUCGGAUUACUCUGCAUCGUAUUAAAAUGUAAAUAUAACUUUUAUUUAAUAGAGUAAUUAUAUACUUUCGGCCAUCUGUAUAAUGUCGAAAAUAAAUACUGAACGCAUUUUUAUGC